GUUUAAUUAAUAUCUUCACUAGACUAGUAUAGCAGAGAAGAUGAUAAAGUCAGUGACUCUUCGUUCGUUUCAUCUCCCUAUUGAGUUCAACGACACCACCAAGUUCGUCACACGUUUCCCGACAAGAUCUUUCCCGGUGGUCCGAUGUUCAAACACUAGAGACGUACCUAAACUUGAACUAUUCAGCCGUGGCAAAUUCGACCGGAUUCUUCAAGAUCCGCCGUUGAUCGAAAAAGCCGAAUCCGAACUCUCAGAUUACUGUUCGACGCUUGAUGGUGAUGACUCUUAUAGUUGCUGGAGAGCUUACUUUGAACUCAAGGAACUCGAAAGAGAGAAGCCAAAAGUUGAAGUUGAGAAUCUGAUUUUGCAAACAGGUGGUGUGAAAUCUUUAAUUGGAUGUUUACAUGGAGUUGCUUCAAUGGAGAAAGACAACAACAGAACUAAGAAUGGUUUAGAUGUAGUAGAGGAGGAAUCAGUUAGUGAGAAAGGAAUGAGAUUACAUGUUCAUAUCCCUGAUGGUUUACCAAAAUCUGAGAAAGAAUUGGAGGAAGAAGAGAAAUCGAAAAUGCCGGAUUCCGCUUUCACUAGGUUGCUUAGAGCUAAAGGAACUAUCCCUGCUUGGUUCUCUCAUGCUCCUGACCAUGAAACCGACUGAACCGGGUUUUAAAGUACCUUUAGAAAGUUGUUCUUUCCACACUUAUAUGUAAAUAUAGUUUCUUGGUUUAUGCUUUAGAUCGUAUAAAUGUGUCUUUUGUUAAGAUUGUGAUCAAUAUUGCCAUGGAAAUGUGGUUGUUAUUGCUUGACGUUCGCGAACGUUCGGUUUUGUUUGAUACCGUGUCGUGCUUAUUAUAGUAGUAUGCGGUUUUUGGUUACGAAAGAGAGUUCUAUUCUUGAUGGUGUUUGUUUUUC